UAACUUCGCUCAUAUAUGAAUAUAGGAUUUUCAAAAAUACGAUGAGCUUAAUCGCUUAUAAAUCGGUUAAUAUGUGAAAUAUAUUUAUGCCGAAUAUAUGGGCCAAAUUGUGUGUUUUCUUAAUAAGAAUAUAGCAAUAAAUUGCGAGAGUAUAAAAUGUUCGGUUGCACCCGAACUUAGCCUUUCCUUACUUGUAAGUAAUACGUUUUCCACAAUUAAAUAUAUUUAUUUAUGUAUUUUAUAACAGUUGUUAGAUUUGCCCUAAGCAUAGCAGAAAUGACAUUUGAACGUUGUCAAAGUGACAUAUGCAAACUGAAAAUUCGAAAAGUAAAAAAAAGAUAAAAAACUUAAACUGUGAAAAUAGUUGUUAAAAGGCAUAUUGAAAAACUGCAACAAUUAAUGUUAAUUCUAUAUCUAUCUGGCGAUUGUAAAAAGCACCCGGUGGUAUUACUCUAAACAUUUGUGUAUAUACGAGCUCAGAAAGUGAACAAAUUGAAGCAGUCUACGAUGGAGAUGUAUGUGAUAACCAAUGCACUCUUGUUGACAACAGGGAUGGCCAUUUUUACGGUUGUGUUAUUUAAUAGUUCAUAUGGAGCCGUUUAUUUCUUUAAAUAUUAGUAGCAAUAGGGGAUUGGUACACUGAUUUAAUCAGCCCAUCAUCAACAUCCACAAUGAAUACUCGAAGGGCUAAAUAAUUAUUGUUUACAAACUGAAUUUCAUAUUUGCAGACCUUAACUCUUAAAUUUAUUUCCAUAUUAACACAACGCUCAUUCCGAAAGCUUAUAAAUGCGGCACACAAACUCAAUUUGAAACAGAAAUCCUGUCAGUUUUCGCGCAACUUGAAGCUCAACACCACAAAUACAUUUGGUACGCUUAAGUGAAAGAAAAAUAAAAAUGCAAAUUUUUGGCAAUUUAACCUGGAUACUCAAUCUAAUUGGCAUUUCUACAGUCGACAAGGAAUUCGGGCAAAUUUUAGGCGAUAUUGUGCUUACCACAUCCCAAGAGCACACCGUGAACACACUACUUUAUGUGAGUUAUAAAAAUUACUCUAAGUUGGUUGGCCUAGAGGAUGUACAGCUCUUCAGCACACUUCUGGACCGAGUUGGACUACCCGCGCUGCAUUUUGAUUCUACUCCGCCUGUGGAGUCAUAUGGGGAAACAUACAACAAAGAGCUGCUGAGCAUCGUUCAGCUGACGGCGAAUAUUGAAUUUGAUGAGCUCCUGCUGAGAACACUGUGGCAACGCUUAUGGCACAAUACACAGAGUCCACUCAUAUUGCUGCUCGAUGACAGCGCGAACGAGUCAUAUGUCGCAAGCAUUUUGAACUUUUGUGUAAAAAAUUCCGCAAUGAAUGUCAUCGCCUUGCAACCCCAACUGGCGGUGACUCGACGCAACUACUGGAUCUUACGCUUGUUUCCCAAACAGGAUGUAAUUAAAUGCAAAUUUUUACUUGGUUAUCGUGCGAUAUUCCCGCAACAUUUGGCUGAUAUGCGUGGUUACCCUUUGCGCAUAAUUGAGAACACUUGGUAUCCGCAGAUCUAUAAUUAUACCCGAAAGCAUACAAACGAGUCUGUGCUGAGCGGUUUUUUGGGCAGAACUAUAACGGAGUAUGCUUACCGUCGCAAUGCCACAAUUGUGAAUCCAUUCUCUUUACGCAACAAAUUUCUAUCAUACGCUGAGUUGGUGAAUACUAUCGUAGAAAGCAAUAUUGAUAUAGGCUCUCUGAUAGAAUACGCUUAUGAUAACUAUAACAUCAGUUACACGGAUAUCUUCACACUUAGCAAUUUGUGCUUCAUGGUGCCGGUUGAGCAACCAAUACCGAAAUAUAGAAUCUACAGUUAUAUAGGUAAUAAGAAGGUUAGUGUGGUCUUUAUUGUAAGUUUGGUUCUGAUGUCGUUCCUUUGGACAUUCAAUGUUCGUGGCGAGGAGCGACAACAUGAGUUACUUAUUGCCCGUUUCAUUAACGGCUCAGUACUGCGCGGUCUACUUGGCAUGCCAUUUCAUAUGAAGGAAGUUAAUAGAGCGGUGCGUAAGAUGUUAUGCCUUUCCAUCUCGUUCGCGAGUAUCAUAUACGUCACUGCUUACCUCGCUUAUCUACAAAGUUUCACCAUAAAUGCCCCACUGGUCCCACCAUACAAAACAAUUGAAGAUCUCUUGGACGGCGGUAUUAACAUCGCCUUGGGCAGAUUCAAUCGGAAGUGGUUUGAUAAUAUACCACAAUUCCGCAAUAAUUUUGAGAACUUUACUGUUUUCAGCAAUCUAACGGAGUAUGUGCAGUUGCGCGACACACUGGAUACGAGUUAUGCCUUCUUAGUAUCCGACAUGUGGCCGGUGUAUGAGGAGCAGCAAAAGUACUUUGCGCGCCCCCUCUUUCGCCUUUCGGAUAUGUGCUUGCGUAGGAAUAAUAUGAUGGCAUUGCCUCUACAGCGGAAUUCGCUGUAUCGCAGCGAUUUGAGUGCAUUUAUAGGGAGACUUACGGAAGCGGGCCUCAUAGAGCAGUGGCGACGUCAAAGCUUCUUAGAGCUACUCGAUAUGGACUGGAUCCUGUUGACCGAUCAUACUAAACCGCGCGGUUUCGAGCCUAUGAAAUUGAAGGACUUGCGUAUUGUUCUAAAGAAUUUAGGUGGAUUUUUGUUUGUCAGUGUUUUGUGUUUUUUGUUGGAAUUGCUUUGGUGGAAAAUCUCGCAUUUAAGGGCUAGAAAUGUGCGUGAAUAUUCAGUUUAGUAUAAUUUGUGAGGAUAAUAAUAAAUAAAUGUGUUUCAUAAAAAUAUUUUAAAUUGUUCUUCUAUUCAUUAACGGUAUAGUUUGUUGAGUAAACUAUUAAUUACACGACCUGAAAUUUGGUAUCAUUUAUGAAGUUAGUAGUACUCGGGAGCUCUCCGAAAUGAAUUGGGUUUAUAACUACGAGUAUCUGUGUUUGCAAUUUUCUGUGAUUUAAAACACUUUGAAUUCCAAUCUUCAAGUGUCUUCAACUUCAUGUUUGAUGAAAAAAUUGCGUAUCUUUUACUGUGCAUAAAUAUCUUUCCGGCUUUGUGUCCAUGUAAAAAAGCACAACAGACCUGGUAUUACUACUGUAUAAUUGUGCAAAUUAACAGCUUUAUUUGCUUAUGGGGCUAUGAUGAGCUCCCAUCUGUACAAGUAUGCAUAUGUCUAUUCUGCAAAUACGAAUGAUUAAUCAGAUUAUACCGGUAGUAGUACAAUUUCAACUAUUCACUAUUUAAAGGAUCAAUUACAAAGUUCAUUGUUGGAAUUUACGAUUUAUGUGUUCAAUUGAGCUUUAUUUAAAAAUUAUUGAAUUAAAUCUGGAAUGCACUUUGUAUUCUUUCGAGUAUCUGUCAAAAAAUCUAACUACAAUUUAGUCAAUAACAAUUACCAUGUUUAGUCUCCCAGUUCGUAGGCUAUAAAAAGUUCCACAUUUAUCGUCUGAGAUUUCUGAAGCGUAGCUUUCGAAUCUCUUUUAGCUUUCGCAGAUGUCUUAGCAACAAUUUCGUAAGCUUUCGAACUCUCAACCAAAAAAGCUCCAGCAAGAAACAAAAAAUACACAAGGUCGUCAGUAUACUCA